CGUCGAGCAGCAGGUGGAGAGGCAGCUAAUGAGGGGUCAAGCUGCAGCGGGGAUCACUCAGCUCCUCUCGUAUCGACGCACUCGUCUCAGACAGAAGAACUGAUGUCCUUCUAGUGUUUUAAAGAUGUUCGCCAAGUUGAGGGGCCUGUUUAAAGGUCCCUGGGUGCCAGAAGAAACUGGAACCACAAGAGGAGCUCCGGCUCCGGCUCCGGCUCCGGCUCCGGCUCCGGCUCCGGCUCCGGCUCCAGCUAAGGAGGAGAAACCAGCCGAUAAAGAAAAUGAAGACAAGAAAGAGGAAAAACCAGCGAGUCCUGCACCACCAGCUGCAACUCCAGACCCAGCACCGACCCCCACACCGGCCCCCACACCAGCCCCCACACCAGCUCCUGCCUCAGCUCCAGCCCCCACAGCUGCACCUGCAAACCCAGAUCAAGCUGGACCUGAGGGACAGGGUGUCGCCGCUCCUCUACCGGUCGUUAUCAACACUUAUGCAGAUCAGCAGCUAAGAUUCUGCGCCAAACGAAUGAACGAGAGGCUGCAGCUGUACAAGGAGAAGGUGGUUGAUCAGUAUGCAUCAUCCCCUGAGAUCACCCCUCCUGUCACUCCAUUGCUACCCAAAGACGAAUAUGCAAAGGUCGUAGAAGAAAGAGCUAGGCAAGCAGAGGAGGACCGGAUCAAAAAAGAGGAGGCAGACAAGAAGAAAAAAGAAGAACAGGAGAAGAAAAAGAAGGAAGCUGAGCAGAAGAAAAAAGAGGAUGAGGAGAAACGGAAAGAAGAGGAAAAGAAAGUGAAGGUUCCCAUGAAGAUGAGGAUAAUCGCAGCUUGGUGGUCCGUGGUGGACUUUGUGUUGAAGCCCAUUGAGGAUCCCAUGGAUCAUGUGCUGGGGCCCACCAUCGACCCGUUUACAGAUCGUCGCUACAUCGCGUGGCUGAGCUUGGUGACUGUGGCCUACAACUACAACGUGUGGCUCAUCACAGCCCGGAUGUGCUUCCCGUACCACACUGAGACCACCAUCCCUUUCUGGUUCGCCAUGGACAUCCUGGCUGACCUCGUCUACCUCACGGACUCCUUCAUGUUUCAGCCUCGCAAGCAGUUUGUCAAAGGAGGAGACAUCGUUAAAAACCGCGGAAUGACAACGAAACACUACAGAGAAACUGAGAGAUUCAUGAUAGACGUGGUGUCUGUUCUGCCAUUAGACUUGCUAUACUUACAGUUUGGGUUCAAAUCCAUUUUCAGAAUCAAUCGAAUACUGAAGAUAGACACAUUUUUUGAGUUCAGUGAUCGUUUGGAAAGCAUCUUGGCCAAGGCAUACAUCUGGAGAGUGAUUCGCACCAUUGGCUAUCUCCUCUUCAUGCUCCACCUCAACGCCUGUUUUUACUACAUGGCCUCAGAAUACCAGGGCAUCGGGAAAACAAAGUGGGUCUACUCUGGUCAAGGCAGUGCGUACCUGCGCUGUUACUACUUUGCUGUCCGCAGUCUGAUCAACAUCGGGGGUCUUAACGAACCCCACACCGUCUUUGAGAUCACCUUCCAGCUGACUAACUUUUUCAUAGGUGUCUUUGUGUUCUCCAGUUUGAUUGGACAGAUGAGAGAUGUCAUUGGUGCAGCCACAGCGGGACAGACAUACUUUCGUACUUCCAUGGACAAUACAGUCGCCUACAUGGUGACCAACCACAUCCCCAGUUUUGUGCAGAAUAGAGUUCGUACCUGGUACACGUACACGUGGGACGCCCAGGGCAUGUUGGAUGAGUCUGAGCUGCUGGAUAACAUGCCUCUUGUAAUGAGAACUGCCAUUGCUGUGGACAUCAACCUUGCAACAUUUCAGAAGAUUGACCUUUUUAAGGGCUGCGACCAGCAGAUGUUGGUGGAUAUGUUGCUGAGGCUAAAAUCCAUCAUCUACCUGCCUGGGGACUUUGUUGUUAAAAAAGGGGACAUCGGUAAAGAGAUGUACAUCAUCAAGGGUGGAGCGGUUCAGGUGGUGGGAGGACCCGACAACAGCAUUGUGUUUGUUACGCUGAAGGCCGGCUGCGUGUUCGGAGAAAUCAGUCUGCUGCAGUCGUCCAAAGAUGGCGGGAACAGGCGGACAGCUAACGUGAAGGCCUACGGUUUUGCUAACCUUUUUGUCCUGGAGAAGAAAGACUUGUUUGACAUUCUGGUGCACUAUCCAGAGUCUCAGAAAGUGUUGGCUCGGAAGGGCAGGAAACUAAUGAAGGCCAAGGGUCCAGCAGCAGCCAAAGUGGAGGAAGAGAAGAAGAAAGGACUGGCGUUGUUCGGACCCAGACCACCAACGCCCAAACUGCUCCGAGCCUUCGGAGGAAACAUCAACAAAAGGUUUAUGGAUAAAAUGAAGAUUUCUGGAAGCAAAUGAGGACUCG